GGAUCCUCCUGAGCCUUGGGAUCAGAGGUCAAAAAGCCAUGGGGACCAGGAGGGUGCUGGUGACCGGGUGCUCCUCUGGCAUUGGCUUGGCUGUGGCUGCACGGCUGGCUAAAGAUGAGCUUAGACGGUUUAAAGUGGUUGCCACAAUGAGGGAUCUUGGGAAACGGGGGGCCUUGGAAAAAGCAGCAGGUGGUUCCUUAAACAAAACCCUGGAAAUCAAACAGUUAGAUGCCUGUUGUGAAGCUUCCAUCAGAGAGUGUGUCAACAGCCUACCGGAUAGAAGGGUGGAUAUUCUUGUGAAUAACGCAGGCCUUGGCAUGAUUGGACCGCUGGAGUGCCAAAGUAUUGCUGCCAUGAAGGAGCUCUUUGAUACAAACUUCUUUGGGCUGGCACGCCUGGUGAAAGAGGUGCUGCCUGACAUGAAACGACGGCAGAGCGGCCAUAUUGUGGUGAUGAGCAGCGUCAUGGGAAUACAGGGGCUUCUGUUCAAUGAUGUCUACUCUGCCUCCAAAUUUGCUGUUGAAGGAUUUUGUGAAAGUUUGGCAGUGCAAGCAUUGAAGUUUCACAUCAAGACUACUCUAGUGGAACCUGGCCCUGUGGUGACAGAGUUUGAAAGGAAAGUGUAUGAAGAUGCUGAGAAGAUGGAUCUAUCAGGGACAGAUGAGGAGACUGCCAGAAUCUUCCGUGAAAUUUACCUGCCGUACUCAAAAAACGUCUUUGCCUCAUUAGGCCAGACACCAGAGGAAGUGGCCGAGCAAACAGUUCAAGUGAUCACAGCCAAGGACCCUCCUCUGCGCCACCAGACCAACCGCCUGUACAUGCCCAUGACUGCACUGAAGCAUGCAGAUCCAACUGGACGCCUGCCUCUGGACACCUUUUAUAAGAUGAUCUUUAAACAUGACAGCGUGUUCAAUGCUACUCUUGGGGUGCUGCGCAUGCUGCAGAGGAGGGUAGACAAGAAAUAAAGAUUUGACUGUCAAGUUGCACAAACUAUUAAUGUUAUUCUUAAGGAGACAGUGAUUCACUGUAGUAUGUAUAACUUGUUGUCACUAUUUUCUAUGCCUGUCCAGCUGUAUGGUGACAGAAGUUUGCCUCUGAGCAGCAAUGAACAUGGAUCAGGGCCACUGGAUUUUGUCUGUGUGAGACAGUAACUACAAUAAUAAUAAUAAUUCCUUAUGUUCUGUAUAUAUGCACAUGACAUGAGUGGACUUUCUUGCUGUGCAAUUUUUUUCAAUUUCCUAUAGAUUUGUGCUGGUAUAUACUGUAUAAUAGACUGUUUGACUGUUAAGAAAACAAGAGCACACAAAUAAAACCAAUACAAAUAAAUGUUUCACUGUGCUGUAAUGAUUCUAACAAAGAAUAUGUGUUGUUAUGUUACCACAAAAUGAAUUAAGUAAGGUAUAAUAGUACCCACCAUUCUGCGCAUGAUGACGUUUAAACACAGUGAAACCAUAAAA